AUGAUGAGCAGCAGCAGCACGUCCGGCAGCGUGGGGCUUGUGAGGUUCCACGAGGCCGAGUGUCGCUUCGUGCGCGUUGAGGACAACAAGCUGCAAACCAUCGUCAACUUGAGCAUGCAGGAAAUGCUGUCUGGCUCAAAAGCAAAACGCCACGCCAAGACACAGGCAAACACGCGUGUGCUGGUGAUUGCCGACAACUCUUACUCCAUGUCCGACUCAAUGAACGCGCUCAAUUCCGGCAUCUGUGACAUCUAUCGCACUUGUUGUGAGGCCAAACUUGGCGCCUUCCAUCUCGUGUAUUUCAACGACAAGCUGGAAGAAAUGGACCUUACGGAAGCGGAGGGGAUUGAUGCUGUGUGCGACAAGAUCAUGCAUGCUGGCCCGAAUGGGUGUACAGACUUUGACAUUGUCGUGGACCGCCUCGCCCGCGAAAUCGACGCUGCCAUGGAAGUUUCUACGGCAAAGCCAGACGAGCAGCACCAGCUGUAUCUCGUCGUCAUGACGGAUGGAGUGGCCAGCAUGCCGUCGGAUGACCGAUUUCAAGCUCUGUCCAGCGCGGUUGAGAAGUUCAACUCGGCAUCCAAGAUUGGCAAUGAAUGUUGUAAGUUCAUGGUGAUGGUGCUGUUGUUGGAGACUUCAAACAAGGAUGUAGGAUGA